AAUCCCAUUCCGGUUUUUGGAAGACACACAUGCAGCUUCCCAAAAGUUGGACAAGAGUCCUGUACUAUUGUGCAUUCCAGGUCUGACUCUGGCACGGAGGAAAUGCUGUCCUUCGGGGAUGUGGCCAUUGAGUUCUCUGCAGAAGAGAGGGAAUGCCUGGAACCUGCUCAUUGGGAUUUGUACAGGGAUGUGAUGUUGGAGAAUUACAGCAACCUUGUGUUCCUUGGCCUUACUGUGUCUAAGCCACACCUGGUGACAUUUUUGGAGCAAAGACCAGAACCUUCAGAUGUGAAGAGACAAGCAGCAGCCACUGUGCACCAAGGGGACAAGAUGAGUGGUUCAUCUUCCUUCCAGCAAGAAAAGGAUUUUCUGUCCUGGCUAACCGGUGAGAGGGAGACAGGAGCAGCAGGAUAUUCGUUCCUUAGACGACAUCAAACAACCCAUUCUGAAGACAAUCCCUACAAGUGUGCACAAUGUGGCAAAAGGUUUUCCUCCUUUUCAUUCCUUCAACAACAUCAGACAGUCCAUACUAGAGAGAAACUACACAAGUGUGAGGAGUGUGGCAAAUGUUUUUGCUCAGUUUAUUCCCUUAGAAGACAUCAAACAAUCCAUUCUGAAGACAAUCCCUACAAGUGUGCAGAGUGUGGCAAAAUAUUGUCCUGUUUUACAAACCUUCAAGAACAUCAGAGAAUUCAUACUGGAGAGAAAUCACACAAGUGUGAGGAGUGUGGUAAAUGUUUUUACUUAUCUUCAUCCCUUCGGCGCCAUCAAACAAUUCAUUCUGAAGACAAUCCUUACAAGUGUGAAAAGUGUGGAAAGUGUUUUUCAGGAUCAUCAUCCCUUAGACAACAUCAAACAAUCCAUUGUGAAGACAAUCCCUACAAGUGUGCACAAUGUGGCAAAAGGUUUUCCUCCUUUUCAUUCCUUCAAAAACAUCAGACAGUCCAUACUAGAGAGAAACCACACAAGUGUGAGGAGUGUGGCAAAUGUUUUGGCUCAGCUUCAUCCCUUAGACGACAUCAAGAAAUUCAUUCUGAAGAUAAUCCCUACAAGUGUGCAGAGUGUGGCAAAAUGUUGUCCUGUUUUACAAACCUUCAAGAACAUCAGAGAAUUCAUACUGGGGAGAAAUCAUACAAGUGUGAAGAGUGUGGCAAAUGUUUUUAUUUAUCUUCAUCCCUUAGACGACAUCAAACAAUUCACUGUGAAGACAAUCCUUACAAGUGUGAAGAGUGUGGCAGAUGUUUUUACUCAUCUUUAUCCCUUAGAAGACAUCAAAUAAUCCAUUCUGAAGACAAUCCUUAUACGUGUGCACAAUGUGGCAAACGGUUUUCAUCUUCUAGGGAUCUUCAGGAUCAUCAAACAGUUCAUACUGGAGAGAAACCAUACAAGUGUGAAGAGUGUGGCAAAGCCUUUCAUCAUCACUCAUCCCUUAGGAAACACAAGAAAGUUCAUACUUUACAGAAACCCUACCAGUGUGAAGAAUGUAAAAAAUGUUUUUCCUCAUCUUCAUACCUUAGAGAACAUCAAGCAAUUCACACCAAAGACAAUCCCUACAAGUGUGAAGAGUGUGACACAUGUUUUUCCUCAUCUUCCUCCCUUAGACGACAUCAAACAAUCCAUUCUGAAGACAAUCCCUACAAGUGUGCAGAAUGUGGCAAAAGGUUUUCCUACUUUGCUAAACUUCAAGUGCAUCAGACAGUCCAUACUGGAAAGAAACCACACAAGUGUGAGGAGUGUGGCAAAUGUUUUUCCUCAUCUUCAUCCCUUAGUCGACAUCAAACAAUUCACUCUGAAGACAAUCCUUACAAGUGUGAGGAGUGUGGCAGAUGUUUUGACUCAUCUUCCUCCCUUAGAGGACAUCAGACAAUCCAUUCUGAAGUCAAUCCCUAUAAGUGUGUAGAAUGUGGGAAACAGUUUUCCUAUUCUAAGAGUCUUCAGGAACAUCAAACAGUUCAUACUGGAGAGAAACCACACAAGUGUGAAGAAUGUCACAAAGCCUUUCAUUAUCACUCAUCCCUUAGGAAACACAGGAGAGUUCAUACUGGAGAGAAACCCUAUCAGUGUGAAGAGUGUGACAGAUGUUUUUCCUCAUCUUCAGCACUUAAGCGACAUAAAAAAGAGAAAAUUCCUUCUGAAGACAAUCCCUACAGGUAUGGGGAAUGUUGCACAGACUUUGUUAAGCUUUAUAUCCUUACUCAACAUAUGAUGUACUCCAUACUGGAGAGAAAUUCUAGAAAUGUCCUAAAACAUUUUCUUCUUUCACUAUUAAGAUACUUCAAAUGGUUCAUUCUGACUACAAACUCCACGAGUGUGUGAAGUGUGGUAAAAUCUUUGCUACCUAUUCACAUCUCAUCCAACUCAAAUGAAUCAACAGUGUUAAUUAUUUUGGAAUGUCAACAUGACCAUCUAACUUCCAAGGGCACAAGUGCUAAGAAUGUCAUCAGAUUACCAUAGAGACUUCUCUUUGCUGUUAUUCCCAACAGUUUGUUCAAACAAUGUGAUUGAAACUUGCAUUGAUUACUGAGUCUCUUUCUUCUGUAACUAUAAGUAUUCUAUGAAACCUUUACCGUGUCAUAACUUUGUCCAUUUGGUGCCUGGAAUCUUGAGAUCUGGGCUGUGGCAUAGUCAUUGUUUUUUCCAGUGAAGUCAUCCAAGCUCUUCUCAUACCUCCCCUCAGUGUGUACGAAGCUGUGUUGUAGUACAAAUCCUAAUUGGUCUUAAUAAAAACCUAGAGGCAAAU